UUUGAUGCAUAACUUUUAAAAAACUGCAACUGGUGUUUUGACUUCUCUUGGAUUUGAACAAUUAUUUUAUGGACAAUCGUAAGGAUGUAUUCUCGAUGAAAAAUGAUUGGAAGACACUACAUUAAAGUAUACGAGUUUGAAUUUAGACCUACGAUGUAGAUGGCACCACUUCCGCUGUCUUGCUCGGUUGAAAUAGUAGAUAUCUGUAAGGGGAAAUCCAUAUUGGUUGUUUCCAGUGACAACCACGAAAAAAAAUCCUAACAAUAUCUCUACGUAAUCGGGCGUACUAAUGCGGAAUCCUAUUAUUUGCAUUUUUAAUCGUUGUUCGUUAGGAUCUCGCUCUAGUUUGUGUUCAGUCGCACAAAUUCACGAGAUCGAUUGGCGAUUCUACAGUGUCAAUCCAAGAAGUCAUAUUGACAGUCUUCCUGAAGAGGAGCCUGACAAACUGAAAGGGGCAAAGUGGAAAAUCAUGGAGACAUUUAAUUGGUUGUACGACGUUGCCCCUGCGUUUCCCGUCAACGGUGCUAAGAUCACCGUAAUUCAUGAGCCAUCAGUAUUUUAUUCUACUUUACUUGAGAGAUGCAAGAAAGCUGAGAGGAGAAUAUCCCUGGCAUCCCUUUAUUUGGGUACUCAAAAAUUAGAGGGGGAUUUGGUGAAAGCAAUAAAGACUUCGAUGGACUGUACAAAUGGUGCCGUCAAGAUCAAUAUUCUUUUGGAUUACAUGAGAGGAUCUCGAGGUAAAGUCAACUCUCGGACAAUGCUCCUUCCACUGCUCGAUGGAAAGUCCAGUGAAAAUUGUAAAUUAUUCUUUUAUCACACACCUCAACUGCGAGGAAUAUCAAAAGCAGUCAUACCUCAUCGAUUCAAUGAAUUAAUUGGUCUUCAGCACAUGAAGAUCUACAUUUGCGACGAUUCUCUAAUUAUCAGUGGAGCGAAUCUCAGUAACGAUUAUUUUACAAAUCGUCAAGAUCGUUAUUUUCUCAUUGAAGACUGCAAAGACCUCUGUGACUUUUACGAUGAAUUAAUACGGAGAGUUUCCGAGUUCAGUUUUCGUCUGAUGCCUGGAGAUAUCAUGUCUUACACCUCUCAAUCAAUAGACCAUCCUCUAAAAGGUUCAGCCCGGACGUUCAAACGGACUGUGCGAGAGAAAAUUACGACUUUAUGUGCGAACGCCCUCGAAGUGUCUAAUGUCUCCAAACGUGCCGAUUCGGAUACAUGGAUUUUCCCUUUGAUCCAAAUGGGCCUGUUCAACAUUCGUCAGGAUAGUGAAGUGACAUUGAAGCUGUUUAAAUCGGCCCCUCCAAGAUCUCUCCUCCGAAUUGCAACGAGUUACUUAAACUUAACAUCAGAAUACGCAAACGCAUUGAUUCGAGAUUGUAAAGGUAGUUGCGAGCUCCUCACAGCGCAUCCCACUGCUAAUGGAUUUUUCGGGGCGAAAGGGAUAGCUGGAGGUAUUCCAGCAGCGUACACACUCAUUGAGAAGUCGUUCUUCAAAAAAGUUGAAAGGAUGGGUUUGGAUGAUCGAAUAAAAUUGAGAGAAUACAUUCGUCCCGGAUGGACAUAUCAUGCCAAAGGUCUUUGGUACACUCUUCCCAAUCACGAGAGGCCUUGCUUUACUCUCGUUGGUUCUUCGAAUUUCGGGUACAGAUCAGUCAAACGAGACCUCGAGUGCCAAAUAGCCCUAUUAACACAAAAUAAAAAUCUUCAGGAAGCCCUGGAGCAGGAGCACUAUCGUUUGUACAAGAAGUCUGAACCCGUUACCAAUAAAACAUUCAGUCAACGUGAUAGAAUUCCACCCACUUGGGUCUGUGCUGUAGCGACAUUAUUUCGCUAUUGGUUUUAAACUAAACGAAUGCCAACAUUAGACAAUUUUUACCAUCCAACCAAAGCAAUAAAAUGCUCUAUUACGAGAGAA